UUUAAUGUUAUUUUCAUAGAAAAUGUUACUUUAACGUUUGUUUUUGAGUUCCCAAAUACCGCAAGAAUGGCUGUCGUCAUAGAAACCACUCUCGGCGACAUUACCGUGGACCUAUAUUUGGAACAACGGCCUGUAACAUGUCUCAACUUUUUAAAGCUAUGUAAAAUGAAAUACUAUAACUUUAACCUGUUCCACACAAUUCGUAGCGGUUUUAUUGCUCAGACUGGGGAUCCCACUGGCGAGGGGUCUGGGGGACAGUCUAUCUUUGGCCUCUUAGAGGGUCCUGACAAACGAUUUUUUUCAGGAGAAAAAAUGCCCAAAAUUCGACACACGGACACUGGUUUGCUGUCCAUGGUAGGUACUGGCGACGUGAUGAUCGGCUCUCAAUUCUUUUUCACGCUGGGCCCUGACUUAGACUCUUUAGACGGCUACCACUGUGUGAUUGGAGAAGUGACUGAAGGGCAUGAUGUGUUAAGGAAACUAAACGACGUAAUUUGUGAUGAAACCCAUCGCCCAUAUCAAGAUGUUAGGAUUACACAUACUGUAGUACUUGAAGACCCAUUCAAUGACCCCACUGGAUUAUGGGCGCCGACAAGAUCACCAUCUCCAAGUGCGGAGCGACUGAAAGGUGGUAGAAUUGCACCUGAUGAAGAGUUGGACGAAGCUCAAGGUAAAACUGCAGAAGAAAUACAAGAGAUGAUUGAAGAGAAGGAGGCCAAAGCUCGAGCUACAAUAUUGGAAAUUGUGGGUGACAUACCAGAUGCAGAUAUUGCACCACCGGAAAAUGUUCUCUUUGUUUGUAAGCUGAAUCCCGUCACAACUGAUGAUGAUUUAGAAAUAAUAUUCAGUAGAUUUGGUAAGAUAAAUAGCUGUGAAGUCAUAAGAGACAAAAAGACUGGUGAUUCACUACAGUAUGCUUUUAUUGAAUUUGACAAUAAAAAGUCUUGUGAAGAUGCUUACUUUAAGAUGGACAAUGUAUUAAUUGAUGACCGGAGAAUUCAUGUAGACUUCUCACAGUCUGUGUCAAAAAUUAAAUGGUUGGGUAAAGGAAGAGGAGUAAAACACAUAAAUGAUGAUGAAAGUAAUGGUCCACAAGAUAAUUAUGUUAGUAAAGAUAAAAUGAGGAGGCCAAGGAGCAGAGAUAGAAAUGAAGAAAGGAAUAAUAGAAACCAUGAAAAAGAUCAUCAUGAAAAGGACAGAGACAGAGAAAGACACAAUGAUAGUAGAACAUAUGGCAGAGACAGGAAAGAACGUGGACAUAGCCGUGACCGUAAGUCAAGAGAUGAAAGGGUAUCGAAACAUCACAAAGAUCGUAGAGAAAGAAGUAAAAGCAAUAGUCGAAGACAUAGAGAAGAAAAAUACACGCGAAGUAAAAAAGAACAUAGAGAUAGGAGUAGAAGCAGAUCCAAAGAUGUACGGUCCAAGGACAGAACCUCUAAACAUGAAUCAAACCAUUCCGAUCAUAAUGAGUCACAAAAAAAUGAGAGACGUAAUGAUGACACUAGGAAGAAACACCAGGAAGAAAAUAAAGACAAAGAUGAUCAUUCUAGAACAUUUAAAUCUAGGUCAGAAAAGUCACCUGCUGGAGGUGAAAGAUCUGUGCCAAAUAAAUUACUAUCGAAACAUCAUAACAAAGAGAAACCAGAUAAUAACAAACAUGAUAAAAAUUCAGAAAAACAUGAAGACUAUCAUAAUUCCAGAAGUGACUCAAGAAACCAUGAAACAAAUUAUAGGAAGUCUGAAAAAGAGCAAGAAAGUAACAACAGAAAUGUUGAAAACUAUAAAUUGAAAUGUAAAACCUCAAUCUCAGAAGAAAGGGAAAUCAACAAGAAAAUUACUAAACAUGAAACUAAGAACCCAGAGCCAAGAACACCUUCACCUACAGGAAAGGUAAAAAAUGUGGAGAAAAACCUCUCUAAAGAGGACCAUAAAGAUAAGAAAACUAAGAAAGCCACCUACAAAGAACUUAAAAAGAAGCGUAAGCCAUCCACAUCAUCUGAGACGGAUUCCUCAGAGUCAAGUUCCUCAACCAGUGAAUCCAGUUCUUCAAGUGAAUCAGAUCAUAAAAAGAAGCGUGCUAGAAGGAAAAAGAAACAGUCAACAUCCAGCAGUAGUUCGUCAAGUGAUAGUUCAACUUCAUCAUCAACUAGCAGUGAUUCCUCUACCUCAAGCUCUGAGAGUGAACCUGACAAAAAGAAACGUAAAAUCAUUAAAAGAAAGGGAGACAAAAAAGACAAAAAAAAGUCCUAG